AUGGCUUUGAAGAAUUUGACUUCAAGUCAUAUAAGAUUAAAACAAUCAAUGCCAAUGUCCAUUUGCCGCCCUUGCCGGUGGCGUUUUUCUUGCAUUUUCUGUUAUACUCUACUGAGUGUGCUUUUGUUUUGUGCGAUUGAUUCAGUACAUCCAAGCCAUGGUGAAUGUUUUUAUUUACGACUGCGAUUAGUCAAUGUACGUGGCCAAACAUCAUUCCAACUGUUGAUGGUGAAUUGUGUGGAUCCUACAGAGAUCCGUCAACGUUUACAAUUGCUAGAAAAUGAUGCUCAUUGGGAUCAAAUUCUCAGUGAUGCUGUAAUAUCUUCACAUGCUCAUAAAAUACGAACAUUGUUUUCUAUAAUCAUAUCCACAGGCUUUCCAUCAAACCCAAUUCAUUUGUGGAUCAAGUAUAAAGAUUACAUGUGUGAUGAUAUUUUGUGUCAAAUACGGAAUAGAAUGGGAAAUCCAAAUAUGCAAAUCAGACUGGCCGCGCCCAAUUGUCCAAUGCAUGAUGCUUUUAACCAAGAGUUGCAUCGAGAAAAACUGUAUUAUCUCAACAAUUUGAAAGAAUUAAUCGAAACAAAUCUUCCACUGUUGAAUGAACAACAGAGCUAUGUAUUUGAUAUUCUUAUGAAAGUAACAAAUGGUGGAACUGGGGGGAUUUACUUCUUAGAUGCGCCUGGUAGUACAGGAAAAACUUUUUUGAUUUUAUUAAUAUUAGGAACAAUUCGCUCACAAAACAAAAUUGCACUUGCACUCGCUUCAUUGGGAAUCGCAGCAACUUUAAUCGAAGGUGGUCGAACAGCCCAUUCAGCACUAAAAUUGUCAUUUAAUAUGCAAAGCAAUGAAACUCCAACUUGCAACAUUUCGAAGAACUCUGCAAUGGCUAAGGUUUUGCAGCAAUAUCAAUUGAUUGUUUGGGAUGAAUGCACGAUGGCACAUACAAAAUCUUUUGAGGCUUUAGGCAAAACCUUAAAAGAUCAACAGAGCAAUCAAAACCGAUUUGGUAUCAUGAACUAA